CAUGCGCAUCGAACGCUGUUUCUCGUCUGUCCUCUCCGGAGGCGCGUAAGCUCUUUCCACUCUCUUUCCAUUCUUGUCCUCUGAAGGAUCCAACACCGAAGAGUACACGAAAGAAAACUGCGGUAACGAGAUGCAUUCGACUUUUCCGGCGUUGUACGCGUUCCGCUUGUCCCUGAAUCAGGUAGCAGGACCGACUUUCUUUCAUCGCAAGACUAUGGUGGACCGUACCACGACUACAUCUGCGAUCUUGCUCGCGGCCAUGGGCCUGUCCGUAAGCAUAUUCUCGCUGAAGAAGUUGCAGUCCCAGCGUCGUCUGCGGAAGGCCUAGAAAUCGCACAGGAAUCGCGAGACACACACGAGAGCGACUGAGAAGAAAUCACACUAGCCCGCUCAAAAUUAAACGAAUCCAUCGGUUAUUCCGCGUACACGACAUGUUUCACGCGACAACUUCACCAAACUCACUAGACAACGCCGUCCACGAACGUCAGCGAUAUUCACUGCCGGCGAGAUUCCGAAGAGGAGUAAUUUAGCACGAAAGAGGGAGAAAGAGAGAGAGAGCGAGAGAGCGAGAGAGAGAGAGAGAGAGAGAGAGACAGCAAUCAGGCGAUAUGAGAGUUUGCGAGUUUCUUGUUGCACCCUCGAAAAGAGCAGGCUGCGCGUGUAGAAAUUUCGCGUGCGAGAAAAGGCGUGUGCACUCUCGUCGUCGUCGUCUCUCGAUCACUGGUCUUUGAAUGUGCGGGACUAUGUCCUCGAUUCGUAGACACGCGCACAAGACUUCGCGCUUUAGUCACAUUGAAUUCAGCACUUGGUACAGGCGGGCGUGUCUCGACAAAGCGAUCGGGUUUCGUCGAGAGCAUGCCGACUCGCGCAGUGAGAACGUCCGUCAUAACCAGAGACGCGCUUCUCCGGUUGAAUCGCCAGCAGAAUUCUUAUAGUAUUAUUCUAGUCUUGCGCGCGUAGAUCAGGAAGUUCCGCAAUGUAGUUUCUACGAAAAGGGUGUACAGCCUCGUAAUCAGUGCCACUUCGCCGAUUCCAGGAGAACUUUCGUCGACGUUCGAUGUAGGUCAUUUCGUUCUUCAAUAUUAAACAAAGGACUGAUCUUAAGAAUAUUAUUAUUAUUAUUAUUGUAGUUUUAAUGUGAUGUUCAAGUAUUCUAUGAUUUGGAGAAGGAAAAGGAGGAAAACAAUUGGUCGUUUUUUUUUUGUCAAUUUGUGCUGUCAAGGCUCCGGUUUUCUCGCCGCGGCCGUCUUGAAUAAUGUUGUCAGAAACGCGGAAAUGUACGAAAUUUUGGUGAAAUACGUUGCGAUAAAAGGUAUGCCCGUAAAAUAGUAUUUUUGGUCGGCCGAGCACAUUUGUAAAAUAUUUGGAAACUUUCUUACUUUGGUUCAUGUUCAUUUUAUAGUGAUUUAUUGAUUGUUAGAACAAAAGGAGAAUUUACGGAAUAUCUGACAAAUUUACUCAAUUAAUCACAAAUAUUAUUUUACGGACAGUAUAUUUUCAUUCCAAUAUAUUUCGCAGAAAUCUUGAACAUACAUUUUUUUCGCUUCUGACGUCAAACAAGUCGACGAGUCGACCAGGAGCCUUAAUUAAUUAGUCACUCUGUGUGUGGGUACAAUUGUAAAUGGAACACCAACUUUUCGAACAAUGUACGUUUUUAUCCCUGGAAAAUUGUCAUGAUCAUGCAUAUUGAUGUUUUAUACACUAACAUUUAACUCGAACUAUUUUCUGCUUUAUGGGCCGAGCGGGAUUGGCUUGUAAAAUAAAAAAUAUUCGAUAUCAGUGGAAUCAUCUGGAUUCACAUGUCGAAACCUCUUGUCGAAAGUUCUUCUCGAUGGAGUGGCAAACUGCAAACAAGCUCAAACCAAAGAAACUCGUCGAACGCAACUAUCUGCGAUACAUAUUAGCAAAAAAAAAGUAUAAACUGAGUUAGGUAGUGUCGAAUCGUAAUGUAGAAGAUAAAAUUCAUCGUUCAGAUAUUGUUGAUAGCGUUCGCCUUUUCUCGCCUUUCUGUAAUGCCGCGUUGAUCUGAUGUCGUUAGAACUUAACGCAAAAGUAAUGUUGACUUAGGUAUAAUUGUAUCUGCGUGUUAUCGUAUAGUCGCUCAUAAGUAAAAUUACCUCGCACAUAAACAAACAAACGCACGCGUACACACGUAUUGUCACGUACGAGACUUGAUUGAAAUCUUCGGUUUCUCCUCUAAUCAUUACUUCCCCAUUUGUCCUGCAUCUUUUAACGCGUAAGAAAACCAACCACAUUUGUUCUAAAUUAUUCACGAAUCAACACUAACCUUAAUCUUCGACGAUGAAACUCAUCAUCAUCGCGUCGUAAUUGCCGCGCGAACUUUGUUAUUAUUGUACAAGUCUUCAUUGUGAUGAUCGUAUUAUGAUGGAUCGUCAUCGGAGCGUUCUUGAAAGAUCGAUCGUUAUUCCGAAUAAAACGUUUCAUUCUAUAUCAGCCAGGACUUAUCUUUAUUAAGAUAAGAAAGAUUCUACAAAUACCUUAUUCACGUUAAUAAAUGCUAGACUUACGACUUACAAUUAGAUCUUGCCAGGAAAGGAGUUGCGAAGAAACGCAAGAUACCAUUAGAGGAAAGUAAUCGUUGUGUAACACCAUAUCAUUAAAAAGGGAACAUCGGGACAUUCUCUUCCUCUCCCUCUCUUUCUCUUCCUGUCUCUUUUUUUUUUCUUUUAGUCUUAACGUAUACAUUUAUUUAUAAUUAUUAUACAGUCUCAGACUCGAUAUUCCGUUUCUUAACAUUUCUCUCUUGAUCAUUUUAUCUCUCUCUCUCUCUCACACUCUUUCACUCUCAUUCUUUCUCUCUCUCCCUCUCUCUCAUUCUUAUAAAGUGUCACGUCCGUGCGCGCGAAGACGCGAAUUUUAAGCCAGUUCCCGCCGAACGCAAGUGAUAUAGGGCGAUCCUCUUCGUAUGUUCGCGUAUACAAGUCGUCCUUGUUCGCUUCCACGGCACAAACGCGACCGCCCACACACACACACGCACACGCACGCAAGAAAUAUAUAUAUGUAUAUUUAUAUA